AUGAGGAAAAAUUAUAUUAGAUUACAAUCCGAUUCAGAGUUUAAAUAAGAAGAAACCAAAACUUUUGAUGAAGUUAAAUACACUAUCUUUAAAACUUAUUUUGCCUUAUUAGAAUCAAAAACAUUAUCAUAAAGUAAGGGUAUACUAAUGAUAUUGAUUUUGAAUUUACAAUUAAUAUUCAUGACUGCUAAUGAUAAGAAUACUGAUUUAUAAAGUGGAUUUAUUUCAAGUAUUUUAAUUUAAUUAAUUAGGUUUUUUACCAAUCAGUAAUUAUUUUUUACUUUAUCCUGUAUUAUUAUCAUCAGAUUCAAUUUUAUUUAAUAUGCUAUUUUUGGUAAUUGCUCUUUUAGUUUUAAUAUUUUUAAUAACAUCAAUUCUUUAUUUUGCAUCUACAAGUAAUUAUGAUAAUCCAUUGGUAAAAUAAUUAAGAUCAACUUGGGGAUUUAUUUCAGAAUUGACUGAUAAAAUUUUAGUUGUUCCAGUAUUUGGUUUGACAGUUGGUAAUAUAGCUUGUAAUUUUGAAAAUAAUUAAACAGAAUGUUAUAGUGGUGUACAUAUAGGAUUAAUAAUUAUGUCUAUUUUAUGUUCUUUAAUGUUGCUUUUAUUAGAAAUAUUGUAUUCAUAUUUAUUCUUUAAUUUUACUUUCAAAAUUAAGGAUUCUGUAUCUAGAAAUCCAUGUAUAUUAAAUAUUCAUAAUAAUAGCUGGGAUGCCAAUCUUUUUUUUUAUUUAUAGACUUGGAAUCACUAUAUUUUAAUCAUUAUUCGAUUUAGAAGUUUAAUAAACAUAUACAAUAUUAGUAUUAUUACAUUUGAUAUUUGGACUAAUUUUACUUUAUGAUUCAUUAAAUAAUUUUCCAUAUCAUAAUAAAAAUGUAUCUAAAACAUAAGGUAUCUUUGCUUCUGCAUAUUUGUGGAUCAAUGCUACUUUUAUAGUUUUACAACUUACUUCAAUUGAAAUGCUUCAUGAAAAUGUAUUAGUAAUAGUUGGUUUAGGAAUGGCCUUUUUUUUAAAAUUAUUUCUUAAUAUUAGAAAUUAUUUUGUAAAAGUGUUAAUGAAUAGUGAAUUAGAUGAAAUUUAGAGUGCUGUGUUAUUAGAUCUAAAAAUUAGAAAUUAUAAUAUAUUAUCUAAAUCUGACAAUGAAGAAAAGAAAAAUGAAUUACUUUUAGCAUCUUUAUUAAAAAUACAUUCUGAUAAAUGUAAAAAUAGUACUUGUCCAUGUAAAAAAAGAAGCACACUUAUUGAUCCUAAAAAGAAAAUAAUUUAAAGUGAAAUGAAAGCUGCUUCAAUAACAGAUACAAAAAUGUUAAAAUAGUAAAAGAAUGAUUAAAAUACUUAAUUACAUAAAGAUUUAGUAUUUGUCAAACAUUUUAUAGCUAGAAUGGCUAAAGAUGGAUUAAAUAAAUUUAAGGAUUCAAAAUUAUUAUAUCUUGAUUAUAUGUAUUAUAGAUUUGAAGCACUUAGAAUGUAUUCUUCAAUAUAUUUUGAAAUUGGUAAAUUUGAAUCUAAAUAUCAUAAUGAUAUGAGUUUAUCAAUUGAAUUUUGUUUAUAUAGAUUAAGAGCAAGAAUGAAGAAGCAUUUAAUGAAUAGAAAUUAAAAAAGUGAAAUAUCACGUAGAUUAUAAUUAGAAAAUGUAAAAGCUUUUGAUGAAGGUAUUAUAAGAUAAAAGGAAACUAUUAUGGAAGCAAAUAAACAUUUAAAUGAUCUUUGGGAAUCAUUAUGUGAAGAAAAACCAGAUUUGAGUAAAUUAUUAGAUAUUGGUAAUAAUGCUAUUAGAACUAUGUAAUUAACAAAUGAUUAGUAUGAAUUUUUACUACAACUUAAUAAUUAAUCUUAAGAUCUAAAGAAUUUAAUGACUAUUUAUUCUAAUUAUUUAGCAUAUGAUGAUUUAUUAGCUAAGAAGAUUGAAAAAGAUAUUGAUUAAGCUAAAGAUAUGGAAAAUGAUAAUUCAUUUUAAUAAGAUUUUAAUAUUUUGAUAAAAAAAUAUUAGAUAUUUGAUAAGUAAAGUUGUGUGUUAUCAAUAUCUUCUUAAUUAGAAUCAUUAGGAUAAAUUACUUGGUGUAGUAGAAAUGUAUUUAAUGUAUUUGGUUAUGAUGAAACUGAUCUUAAAUCUAUGAAUAUUAAUUAGAUGAUGCCUGAACCAUUAGGUAAUUGUCAUAGUAAAAUUCUUAAAAAUUAUUAUGAAAAUGCAAGAGAAUUAUUGACUACUAAGAUGACUCAUAUAUGGGCUAUUGAUAGAGCUAAGAUUUUAUUUUCAGCCAAUAUUUUUAUUAAGAUUUUACCAUCUUUAUAAUCAUAUGAUAUAGUAGGGUUUAUACAUAAACUCAAUUAAGAUGAUUACAUUAUUGCAGAUGUAGAUGGAAUGAUUUAUGGAGCUGGAAGAAAAGUAUGUUAAGCUUUAGGAUUACCACCUGAAAAGAUUUUAGAAACUAAGGUUAAUAUUUAAUUGAUUGCUCCUGGAUUUUACUCAGUAUUUUCUGAUUACUUUUUAGAUUUUGAUAUUACAGCAAACAAAUAAAAUGAUGGCAAAGGUAAAUUAUCAUAUGAUGAAUAUAAUUCAGCUAAUAAAUAAUUAGAAACUAAGGAUAUGAAAUAAGUUAUAUUUAUUCAAAAAGAAUUUGAAAAAAGAAUAUAAAGUUUUGUUGAAUAUAGAACUAGACUAUUUAAAAAGUUUAAUAUAGAUCUUUUAACUAAGGAAUAAUUAUCAUAAGAAUUUGGAUAAUCAGGAAAUGAUUAGAAGAAUAUUAAACUUAUUAAAUAAUGUGCUGAAUUCAAAAAGGAAUAUGCUGCAUUAUUUUAUAAAUAGAAUAAGAAAAUACUUAUUGAUUCUUUAAUUAAAAUGAUUAAAAUUAAAGUUUAAAUUAAAAAUUUUACAUAUUGGAAUGGUAGUAAAUUAUAAAGAUUAAAAAUUAUCAAAGUUAAUACAUAUGAAUUUAAAACUACUGAAUAUAUUAAAGUUAAUAGAAAGAAAAUUAAAGAAUAAGGAGAAAAAGUAUCUUAAGUUUAUAAGAAUUUUCAAGAUGCAUAUAAUACUUUCAAAUAAAAGAAAAUGAAAUAAAAAAUGUAAGAGGAAUAGGAUAAUGCUGAAGAAAUUGAAGCAGGAAGAGCUGAUGGAGGAGAAGACAAUUAAGAAGGUCAAUAAGCAAAAGGGUUUUUAAAUAUGUUUAAAAAAGCUAAUAAAAAUAAUAGAUCUUCUUUAUUAUAAUUAAAUGUUAAAAGAUUAGGUGGUAAAGGAAAAUAAGUAGAAGAUUAAGAAUAAUUGAAAUAAGGUAUAUUAAUGACUCUCUUCAAACCAGUUUCAAAGAAAAAUAAGUUUAAGAGAGUAUCAAAAUAAUAAGGUAGUAUGGCAUAAGUUUAAUAUGAAUCAAAAUAAUUUAAAGAUGAAGAUGAUGAAGAGAAUGAAAAAAAGAAAAUAGAAGCAACCCCAGAAUAAUUAGAAGCUAUGAGAGCUUGUCCAGCUGUAAAUUUACUUUAAAUUGCUCUUAUCAAAGCUAAUAUCUUAGGUUAAACAGAUAUGAGUGCAUUUUUGGAAAAGAAAAAAAAAUUAUAACCAGUUGAUCCUUUAGCUAUUAAAUUUAGAAGAAUAAGAGAAUUUGUAGCUACUGAAAAAUUUAAGACAUUUGUAUAAGAAGAAAAGAAAAGAGCUGAAAUGAGUAACGAUACUCAUUCCACUAAUACUGAUUAAUAUGAUUAAGAAGAUAGAUCAUAAUCAUUUGAUGAAGAUUAAUAAGAAGAAAGAGGAUUAUUAUAGAAUAUACUAAAUAAUCAAGGAGCUAAUGAAGAAGAGAAAGCAGCUAUGCAAUCUGUUAGUAGUUCAAGUAAUUAUUAUUUAUAUAUUAGCCUAAUCAUUAUAAGCUCAUAAUGCAUAAAGAAUGUUGAGAGAAUAGUUAAAGAAUAUGUAAGCACCUACAAUUUUAAUAGUUGCUCAUUAUACUAUGGUAGUAUUAAGUUUGUUAUUAUUUUCUUUAAUAAUUUCAUAAUAUAUAUUAGCAAAUAAUGAUUUUAAUGGUAUUAAAGAUGAAUUGUAUAUGUUUGAAAGAAUGAGUAAUUAUUCUGAUAAUUUAAUUGAAAUUUUGGAUGGUUAUUUUACACUUUAAAUGAUAAAUGAAGGACCUUUAAAAAAUACAUCUGUUUAUGGACCUGAAUGGGUUGGAUAAUUUAGAAAAAUGAUAUUAUAAAAUUAAAUUGACACUGUCUAAUUCUUUUUAGAAGAUUAUAGUAAUGCUGGUACUUAAUCUAAAAGUGGUAAUGAUUUAAGAUAGUAUCUUUUUAUUUAAAUGAAUGCUAAUAUGCUUGUAAACAAUUAACCAACAGAAUUCUUAUUUAAUUAUGAAAAUUAUGUUAGAUUAAUUUUGAAUGCUGCUAAUGCUACUAAAGAUUUAAAUUUAUCAUCUUUUACUUUAAAUAGCAGAUAAGAUUAUUUCUAUUUUAUUUAUAAUAAUUUAAAUGAAUUUGAUAAUAUCACAGAUUAUAAUUAUAAUUUAAUCACUAAAAUGUUGAUAAGAAGUAAGGAUAUGUUGAUAGAAAGAUUUUAUUAUUUUUGGUUUAGUUGCUUUGGUAUAUUGCUAUUAUUAUAUAUUCUUAUUUAUCCAAUUAUUCUCAAAACUAAAUUAAAGAUCUAAGAAACUUUGAGAAUUUUCACUAAAAUAUCUUUAGCAGAUGUUGAAUAUUAUUCUAAUCAUUAUAAAAUGAUCUUUUAUAAUAUGAGAUAAAUUACAGAUACACCUUAAGUUUUAAAGAAAAUAGAAGAGGAAGUAACAAAAGGAACAGAAGAAAAAAAGAAAAAAGAUAAAGAAAAUAAUGCUAAAAAUUUAGCAAGAUCAAGAAGUCAUAAAGGAAUUUAAAUAAAUAAAAUAGUAUUUUUUGCAGUAAUGACAUUUUGGUUAAUAAUCUUUUCAGGUUUAAUUUUUGUUAAAGAUUAUUUUAUUAUUUUAUUUAGUAGUGAAUUAGAAGAAUUAUUCUCUUCUUAAGAAUAAUAACAUAGAUUAAAAUAUAAUUCUGAAAGAGACUUUGUUUAUUUUAAGAAUCUCUAUUACUAAUAAUAUAUUUCUUAAUUAAAUACAACAUAAUUAAAUGAAGUCUUAACAGAAAUAGAUAAUGAAAAUAUAUAUGGCAUAUUCUAAACUAUGUAUCAUUAAUUAGAAGAAUAUUCUACUGAAUUUGCUGAUCUAGUUGAUUUUUAUAGUACAAAUAAUACUUGUGAAUCUAUUACUCCCUUAAUAAAUGGAUUUACUAAUGCAAGUCAAGCAUUAUGUGAAUCUAUUCUAGAUGGUAUAUUAACUGAAGGUUUAUUGAAUUUCUAUUAAAAAUUAUAAUUGGAAAUGUAAAAUGGAUUGAAUUAAUUACUAACCUAAAAUAAAAAUUACACUGAACUAAAUAGUUAUAUAUCUUAAUAAAUGUUUUAAGAUUUUUAAUUAGGAUUAUUGUAUGCUAAAUGGGCUAAUCAAUUUAUGUCUAAUUUAGCAAGAAGUGCACUAUAUACUGGAAUUGAUAAUGUAAAAAUUCAAUUAAUAUUAUAUUAGGAAGUAAUAUUCAACUCUUAUUUUGUUAUUGUAAUCAACAUUUUGAUUGUAUUAUUCUUAUUCGUUAUUUGGGGAAGUGAGUAUUCUAAUUUAAAAAGAAACUCAAGAUGGGUUAAUGGAUUUAUAUUAUUGAUUCCUUCUUAAUUAAGAUCAGAGAAUAAACAUAUCAAUAGUUUCUUAAAAAAUUAAUUGAAAAUUCAAGGAUUAAUGUAUUUGUGA